AUGCUCGCCCGAGCUGCUCCCAAACCAGGCGCCCUGCGGGGAUGUCCCCUUGUCCUGGGAGGGGGAUGUCCCCUUGUCCCGGCAACCCCUUCCCCAAUCCCAGCGGCUCCUCGCCCUUUCGAGCAGGUGCCGGGGGAGCGGGGAGGCGGGUGGUUCAACCUCUACCGCUUCUGGCAGGAGGGAGGUUUGCACAACCUGCACCACAUCAUGGCCCGCAAGUUCCAGCGCUUCGGGCCCAUCUACAGGGAGAAGCUGGGUGUCUACGAGAGCGUGAACAUCAUCAGCCCCGGGGACGCUGCCACCCUGUUCCAGGCGGAGGGGACACUGCCCGAGCGCUUCAGCGUGCCGCCCUGGGUGGCUUAUCGCGACUAUCGCAACAAGCCCUACGGCGUGCUCCUCAAGACGGGGCAGGCUUGGCGCUCCGACCGCCUGAUGCUGAACAAGGAGGUGCUGUCCCCGCCGGCGGUGGAGGGGUUCGUGCCUCUCCUGAGCCAGGUGGGAGAGGAUUUUGUCAGGAGGGCACGAGCCCAGGUGGGGAAGAGCGGGCGGGAGCGCUGGACGGCGGAUUUCACCCACGAGCUCUUCCGCUUCGCCCUGGAGUCCGUGUGCCACGUGCUGUACGGGGAGAGGCUGGGGCUGCUGCAGGACUUCGUGGACCCCGAGGCUCAGCGCUUCAUCGACGCCGUCACCCUGAUGUUCCACACCACCUCGCCCAUGCUCUACCUGCCACCCACCCUCCUCCGCCACCUCAACGCCAAGACCUGGCGGGACCACGUCUGGGCCUGGGAUGCCAUCUUCUCCCAGGCUGACAAAUGCAUCCAGAACGUCUACCGGGACCUACGGCUGCAACGCAAGAGCACCAAGGAGUACAUGGGCAUCCUCUGCAGCCUCAUCAUGCAGGACAAGCUGCCCCUGGAUGACAUCAAGGCCAGCGUCACCGAGAUGAUGGCAGGCGGGGUGGACACGACCUCCAUGACGCUGCAGUGGGCCAUGUUUGAGCUGGCUCGGUCCCCAGGGGUCCAGGAGCAGCUGAGGGCUGAGGUCCUGGCUGCCAAGAGGGAGGCGGGGGGGGACAGGGUGAAGAUGCUGAAAACCAUCCGGCUGCUCAAAGCUGCCAUCAAGGAGACCCUCAGGCUGCACCCCGUGGCAGUGACCCUGCAGAGGUACACCACGCAGGAGGUCAUCCUCCAGGGCUACCGCAUCCCCCCCAAGACGUUGGUGCAGGUGGGUCUCUACGCCAUGGGUCGGGAUGCCGAGGUCUUCCCGAAGCCGGAGCAGUUCAGCCCGCAGCGCUGGUUGGCAACCGGCCCCAAGCACUUCAAGGGGCUGGGCUUCGGUUUCGGCCCCCGCCAGUGCCUGGGACGCCGGAUCGCCGAGCUGGAGAUGCAGCUUUUCCUCAUGCACAUCCUGGAGAACUUCAAGAUCGAAACCAUGCGGGCGGUGGAAGUGGGGACCAAGUUUGAUCUCAUCCUGAUCCCAGACAAACCCAUCUACCUGACCUUAAGGCCCCUCGAGACCCGGGCCUGAGGAGCCCCAUCUAAAGUGACACCCAGUU